UUCUCACGCAGCGCGGGAGGAACGUGCGUCCCGUCCGCGCUGCGUCUCGGUCCCUCGUGCGCAGGAAUGCGGCGGAGGGGACGCGCGCGCCGUCGAACCCUCUGCAGGGAGAUGUGAGGAUCAGGGUGCUGGCGGGACCACAGGCCGGGAACGCUGAAGGAACACCAUGGCCUUAGCGGGAUGCCCUGACUACUUCCUUCAUCACUCAAACUACCAGGAAAACAUGGACCGCACUUCCGCCCGCCGGCCCGAGGAGCUGAUUGUUCCAGGCUUUCAGCGCUCGGCCAAUCAAAACCUGCCACAUCACCAUGAGGACGACGUGGAUCUGGAGCAGCUGGUGAACGACAUGAACUCCUCCAUGGAGAGCGUGUACUCUACACAGGCCGACACGGCGCGGCUCCUGAACAACGGCCACGCGGCGGCGCCUCACCAGCACCACCAGCAGCAGCAGCAGCACCACCCGGGACACGGCCAGGCCCACCGCCGUCACACCCCGCCUCUGCUCCCUUCCCCGCCCUCCAGGGACAGGCCGCGGCCGUCUCAGCCGAUGCACAUCCACGCCGUCAGGUGUCUGCAGAAGAAGCAUCUUCUGCGUCCGGCCUCCCUGCCUGCCAUCCCCAACCCUUUCCCCGAGCUCUGCAGCCCGGACGGCUCCCCCGUUCUCUGCCCCCUGCAGACCUCCAACGACCACAUAGUCAAAGUGUGGAGCGAGGACGGCGCCGGCAAAGCGGUGGAGAUCCCGGCUCACAUGACGGCCAGAGAUCUGUGUCAGCUGCUGGUCUACAAGAGCCACUGUGUGGACGACAACGCCUGGACGCUGGUGGAGCACCACCACGCGCUGGGCCUCGAGAGAUGUCUGGAGGACCACGAGCUGGUGGUUCAGGUUCAAGCCUCCAUGAGCAGCGACAGUAAAUUUCUCUUCAGGAAGAACUAUGCCAAAUAUGAAUUCUUCAGGAACCCCCUGAACUUUUUUCCGGAGCAGAUGGUGGCUUGGUGUCAGGAGUCUGACGGCUCGAUCCCUCAGUCACAGCUCUUACAGAACUUUCUGAACUCCAGCAGCUGUCCAGAGAUCCAGGGCUACCUGCACGUGAAGGAGCCCGGACGCAGGUCCUGGAAGAAGCUCUACAUGUUCCUGCGGCGCUCCGGGCUCUACUACUCCACUAAAGGAACGUCCAAGGAGCCCCGUCACCUGCAGCUGCUGUCAGAUCUGGAGGACAGUAACAUCUUCACCGUCAUCACGGGCAGAAAACUCCACAACGCUCCGACAGAUUACCACUUCUGCAUUAAGCCCAGCAAAGUGACGAGUGACGGCAAGGAGCUGAAGAUGCUGUGUGCGGAGGACGAGCAGAGCAGGACCUGCUGGAUGACGGCCUUCAGACUCCUCAAGUACGGGAUACUUCUGUAUCAGAGCUACAACGUUCCCCAGCAGAGGAAGUCCAACCUCCCGCCUUUCUCCGCCCCGGUGCGCAGCGCGUCAGAGAACUCCCUGGUCGCCAUGGACUUCUCCGGGCGGACCGGCCGCGUCAUCGAAAACCCCCUGGAGGCCCAGAGCGCCGCCCUGGAGGAGGGACAGAGCUGGAGGAAGCGGAGCCAGCGUAUGAAUGUCCUGGGAAGUCCCAGCCCUCUGCACCCGUCCUCCCUGAGCACAGUGAUCCACAGGACACAGAUAUGGUUUCAUGGUCGCGUCGUGAGAGAGGACGCCCACAAAAUGAUCAUCCAACAAGGCCAAGUAGACGGAUUAUUCCUGUUGCGGGACAGUCAGAGUAAUCCCAAGGCGUUCGUGCUCACCUUGUGCCACCACCAGAAGAUCAAGCACUUCCAGAUCCUGCCGUGCGAGGAGGACGGUCAGGUGUUCUUCAGCCUCGACGACGGCGCCACCAAGUUCACCGAUUUGAUCCACCUGGUGGAGUUUUACCAGCUCAACAGAGGACUGCUGCCCUGCAAGCUCAAACACCCGUGCACCGCUGUGGCCUUGUGACACUUCCACGCCCCCCCCACCCCCCCUACAACCCCCCCCCGACCCCUGAGACCCCCCCCCCCACCCCUC